AUGGAUAUUUGUCUAAGAAGAAAAUCGCUUGAGAAAUCAAAAUAAAAUAAGGGUGAAGAGUAAAAAAAUCUUCAUUUUGAUGAUUUUGACUUAGCUGAUAGUGAUAGAGAAGAUUAUCAUAAUAACGUAGAUAUAUUAUUUGUUUUAGAUACAACAGGAUCUAUGGGAAGUUAUUUUUAGCCAGCUAUUGAUACAAUCAAAAAAAUUGUUGAAAAAUUUAAUAAAAUGGAAUUCAAUAUCAAAUUUGGUCUAUGUGCCUACAGAGAUCAUCCUCCACAAGAAAGUUCAUAUGUUACAGAAUUUACGGAUUUAACUACAUCUAAAAAUUUAGUUCAAGUCCUAUCUAAACUUAGCGCAUAAGGUGGUGGAGAUGGGCCAGAAGCUGUUAUGGAUGGUCUGAGAGAGGGUCUAAAGAAUUCUUCAUGGAGAUUAAGUGAAGAUGGAUUGACUUUUAGUAAAAGGUUUUUAUUCCACAUUUGUGAUGCCCCUCCUCACGGAUCAGAGUAUGGAGGGCUUAGUUCAGACCCUUCUUGGCAAUAAAAUGGCUGUCCUUGUGGAACUAAAAAGGAAGAUAUCAAUAACUUACUAAAAUAAUAUAAAGUAGAUUAUCAUUUAAUAAAAGCAGUCAAUGAAGUAAAUAAAAUGGAGGAAGUAUUUUAAAAAUGCUUUGAAUAAAAUUAUGCUGAAACUAUAGAAUUAGAUUUACCUUCCAAUUAUGAUUAAUAUGAUUGCAGAGAAGAUUGUUAUGAUGAUAUAGGCUGUACUUAUAAAGAGGAAUAUAUUUGUGCCAUUGAUGAUGUUAAGCUACAAAAUGAAUCUGAAUGUUUAAAGUUUGAUUCUGAUUAAUAAUUAGAAUUACCUUAUAGAGAUGAUACAGUAUUAAAAUGUGCUAAAGCUGAAAAGAUUGAAACUCCUAUAGUCUCUCAAAAAAAGUAAAUGUGGGAAGGAGUAAUUAGUGCACUUGAUAAGAAAUUGAUUUGA